GCGGCAGCGGCAGCGGCGGCGGCGGCGGCGGCGGCGGCGCGGAAUGUGAGCAUGGCCGGCCCCUUCACGGCGAACCCGGAUCGCGGCUGGUUAACCAGGCUGGCUGUCUCCAUAGCACCCUAGAUGCGGAGCCCCGUGGGAUCUGAGAGCUUAUUGGACCACUUGCCUCCCCUCCCCUCCUCCGACUGCUGCCAUGUGUACAGCCAAUCGUCCCUGGGCCCUCUUGCUACUGGGGGGAGUGUGGGCGGUGGCCAGUAGUGCCGAGCCCCCCUUCCGGACCUUCCCGGUGAGCGACUGGAGCUUGACCCACCUGGUCGUCCACAACAAGACGGGAGAGGUGUACGUGGGGGCUGUCAACCGCAUCUACAAGCUCUCCAGCAACCUGACCCUGCUGCGGACCCAUGUCACGGGCCCUGUGGAUGACAACGAGAAGUGCUACCCGCCGCCCAGCGUCCAGUCUUGCCCCCACGGGCUGGUGACCACCAACAACGUCAACAAGCUCCUCCUGGUGGACUAUGCGGCCAAUCGGCUCAUCGCCUGCGGGAGCGCCUCCCAGGGUAUCUGCCAGUUCCUGCGUCUCGAUGACCUCUUCAAGCUGGGCGAGCCCCACCAUCGCAAGGAGCACUACCUGUCCAGUGUCAAUGAGUCGGGCACCAUGUCCGGCGUCCUUAUCGAGGUGCCCGGCGGGCACGACAAGCUCUUCAUCGGCACCCCCAUCGACGGGAAGUCCGAGUACUUCCCCACCCUGUCCAGCCGCAAGCUGAUGGAGAACGAGGAGAACGCGGAGAUGUUUGGCUUCGUCUACCAGGACGAGUUCGUGUCCUCCCAGCUGAAGAUUCCCUCAGACACCCUGUCCAAGUUCCCGGCCUUUGACAUUUACUACAUCUACAGCUUCAGCAGCGAGCAGUUCGUGUACUACCUGACCCUUCAGCUGGACACGCAGCUGACCUCGCCCGACUCCACCGGGGAGCAGUUCUUCACCUCCAAGAUUGUCCGCCUCUGCGUGGAUGACCCCAAGUUCUAUUCCUACGUGGAGUUCCCUAUCGGCUGCGUGCAGGGCGGCGUCGAGUACCGCCUGGUGCAGGACGCCUAUCUGAGCAAGCCGGGCAAGGCCCUGGCCCGCCAGCUCGGCGUGGCCGAGGGCGGGGACGUGCUCUUCACUGUUUUUGCCCAGGGCCAGAAGAACCGAGUGAAGCCACCCAAGGAGUCAGUUCUUUGUCUCUUUACCCUCAAGAAGAUCAAGGACAAGAUCAAGGAGCGGAUCCAGUCGUGUUACCGGGGCGAGGGCAAGCUGUCCCUGCCCUGGCUCCUGAACAAGGAGCUGGGUUGCAUCAACUCGCCUUUGCAGAUUGAUGAUGAUUUCUGCGGGCAAGACUUUAACCAGCCUCUGGGUGGGACUGUCACCAUCGAGGGCACACCACUCUUUGUGGACAAGGAAGACGGCAUGACAUCGGUGGCUGCUUAUGACUACCAGGGCCACACAGUCGUCUUUGCUGGGACCCGGAGCGGCCGGAUCAAAAAGAUCCUGGUGGAUUUGUCCAGCCCGGGGGGACGCCCGGCCUUGCAGUAUGAGAACGUGGUGGCCCACGAGGGCAGCUCCAUUCUGAGAGACCUGGUCCUGAGCCCCAGCCGGCAGUACAUCUACGCCAUGACCGAGAAGCAGGUGACCCGGGUUCCAGUAGAGAGCUGUGAGCAGUAUACCACGUGUGAGCUAUGCCUGGGCUCCCGUGAUCCCCACUGUGGAUGGUGUGUCCUUCAUAACAUUUGUUCCCGGAAGGAUCGCUGUGAGCGGGCUGACGAGCCCCAGCGUUUCGCGUCUGACCUGCUCCAGUGCGUGCAGCUCACCGUUCAGCCCAAGAACAUCUCGGUCACCAUGUCUGAAGUCCCGCUUGUCCUGCAAGCCUGGAAUGUUCCUGAUCUCUCAGCGGGAGUCAACUGUUCUUUUGAAGACUUCACAGAGUCAGAGAGCCGCAUCGAGGAUGGGAAAAUCUACUGCCGCUCCCCCUCGUCCAAGGACGUGGUGCCCAUCACUCGGGGCCAGGGAGACAAAAGGGUUGUGAAGCUUUACCUGAAGUCCAAGGAGACGGGAAAGAAGUUUGCAUCUGUGGAUUUUGUCUUUUACAACUGCAGCGUCCACCAGUCCUGCCUGUCCUGUGUGAAUGGAUCCUUCCCCUGUCACUGGUGCAAAUACCGGCACAUCUGCACCCACAAUGCUGCCGAUUGCUCCUUCCAAGAAGGCCGGGUCAACGUAUCUGAGGAUUGCCCUCAGAUCCUGCCAUCUACACAGAUCUAUGUCCCAGUGGGCGUGGUGAAGCCUAUCACCCUAACAGCCAAGAACCUGCCCCAGCCUCAGUCUGGCCAGCGCAAUUACGAGUGCAUCUUCCACAUCCCUGGCAACCCGGCCCGCGUCACUGCCCUACGUUUCAACAGCACCAGCAUCCAGUGUCAGAACACAUCGUACACCUACGAAGGGAAUGACAUCAGCGACCUGCCCGUCAACCUCUCUGUUGUGUGGAAUGGCAAUUUUGUCAUUGACAACCCCCAGAACAUCCAAGCUCAUCUGUAUAAGUGUUCUGCCCUCCGUGAGAGCUGUGGCCUCUGCCUCAAAGCUGACCCGCGGUUCGAGUGUGGCUGGUGCGUGGCCGAGAAGCGCUGUUCUCUGCGCCACCACUGCCCUGCCCCGGACAUUGGUUGGAUGCACGCCAGUAGCGGAAACAGCCGAUGUGCAGACCCCAAGAUCCUCAAGCUUUCACCAGAGACAGGCCCACGGCAAGGCGGUACUCGGCUCACCAUCACCGGCGAGAACCUCGGCCUGAAGUUCGAGGAUGUGAGGCUGGGUGUGCGUGUGGGGAAGGUGAUAUGCAAUCCCAUCGAGAGUGAAUAUAUCAGUGCCGAGCAGAUCGUCUGUGAGAUUGGAGAUGCGAGCCCCAGCCGAGCUCACGAUGCCCUGGUGGAGGUGUGCGUGCGAGACUGUUCCCCUCACUACCGCGCCAUGUCCCCCAAGAGGUUCACGUUUGUGACCCCCACCUUUUACCGGGUGACCCCUGCUCGCGGUCCACUCUCUGGGGGUACCUGGAUUGGUAUUGAGGGAAAUCACCUGAACGCUGGCAGCGAUGUGGCUGUCUCCAUCGGGGGCCGGCCCUGCACUUUCUCCUGGAGGAAUUCCCGGGAGAUCCGCUGCCGCACCCCACCAGGCCAAAAUCCUGGUGGUGCCAACAUUGUCAUCAACAUUAAUCGGGCUGAACUCAGCAACUCUGAUGUGAAAUACAACUACACCGAGGACCCCACCAUCCAGAAGAUCGACCCUGAGUGGAGUAUCAACAGCGGCGGAACACUCCUUACCGUCACGGGCACCAACUUGGCCACUGUCCGAGAGCCCCGGAUUCGUGCCAAGUACGGCAGUGCUGAGAGGGAGAAUACGUGUGUCGUGUACAACGACACCACCAUGGUGUGCCAGGCUCCCUCCAUCGACAACCCCACCCGUAGCCCCCCUGAAAUGGGCGACCGGCCAGACGAACUGGGCUUCGUGAUGGACAACGUGCGGUCCCUGCUCAUCAUCAACAGCACCAAUUUCCUCUACUACCCUGACCCCGUCUUCGAGCCCCUCAGCCCCUCUGGUAUCCUGGAGCUCAAACCCAGUUCCCCCCUCAUCCUCAAGGGCCGGAACCUUCUCCCUCCUGCAUCAGGGAACUCCAGACUCAACUAUACGGUGCUCAUUGGCUCCACCCCUUGUGUGCUGACCGUGUCUGAGACCCAGCUGCUGUGUGAAUCGCCCAACCUCACCGGUCAGCACAAAGUCACGAUCAAGGCAGGCGGCUUUGAGUUCUCCCCAGGGACGCUGCAGGUGUACUCUGACAGCCUCCUGACACUGCCGGCCAUCAUCGGCAUAGGGGGUGGCGGCGGCUUGCUGCUGCUGGUCAUCAUCGUCGUCCUCAUUGCCUACAAGCGCAAGUCCCGGGAUGCGGACCGCACCCUCAAGCGCCUGCAGCUGCAGAUGGACAACUUGGAGUCCAGAGUGGCCCUGGAGUGCAAGGAAGCCUUUGCAGAGCUGCAGACAGACAUCCAUGAGCUGACCAAUGACCUGGAUGGAGCUGGCAUCCCCUUCUUGGACUACCGUACCUAUGCCAUGAGGGUCCUCUUCCCAGGCAUCGAGGACCACCCAGUGCUAAAGGAGAUGGAGGUUCAGGCCAAUGUGGAGAAGUCGCUCACCCUGUUUGGCCAACUCUUGAACAAGAAACACUUCCUGCUGACCUUCAUCCGCACGCUGGAGGCUCAGCGCAGCUUCUCCAUGAGGGACCGAGGUAACGUGGCAUCCCUCAUCAUGACGGCGCUCCAGGGCGAGAUGGAGUACGCCACUGGUGUCCUGAAGCAGCUCCUCUCGGACCUCAUCGAGAAGAACCUGGAGAGCAAGAACCAUCCCAAGCUGCUUCUGCGCAGGACAGAGUCAGUAGCAGAGAAAAUGCUAACAAACUGGUUCACAUUCCUACUGUACAAGUUUCUCAAGGAGUGUGCGGGGGAACCUCUCUUUAUGCUGUACUGCGCCAUCAAGCAGCAAAUGGAGAAAGGUCCGAUUGAUGCCAUCACGGGGGAGGCCCGAUACUCCCUGAGCGAAGACAAACUCAUCCGCCAGCAGAUCGACUACAAGAUGCUGACGCUGAACUGUGUGAAUCCAGAGAAUGAGAACGCUCCAGAGAUCCCUGUCAAGGUGCUGAACUGCGACACCAUCACACAAGUGAAGGAGAAGCUGUUAGAUGCUGUUUACAAGGGUGUGCCGUACUCCCAGAGGCCCAAGGCGGGGGACAUGGACCUGGAGUGGCGCCAAGGCCGAAUGGCUAGAAUCAUCCUGCAGGACGAGGACGUAACCACCAAGAUAGACAAUGACUGGAAGAGACUCAAUACUCUGGCCCAUUAUCAGGUGACUGAUGGCUCCUCGGUGGCCCUGGUUCCCAAGCAGAACUCUGCCUAUAAUAUCUCCAACUCUUCCACCUUCACGAAGUCUCUCAGCAGAUAUGAGAGCAUGCUCAGGACCGCCAGCAGUCCGGACAGCCUGCGCUCGCGCACCCCGAUGAUCACGCCUGACCUCGAGAGCGGCACCAAGCUGUGGCACCUGGUUAAGAACCAUGACCACCUUGACCAGCGGGAGGGGGACCGUGGCAGCAAGAUGGUCUCUGAGAUCUACUUGACCCGGCUGCUGGCCACAAAGGGGACCUUACAGAAGUUUGUAGAUGACCUGUUUGAGACAAUCUUCAGCACAGCUCACAGGGGCAGUGCUCUCCCCCUUGCAAUCAAAUACAUGUUUGACUUUCUGGAUGAGCAAGCUGACAAACACCAGAUCCAUGACUAUGAUGUUCGGCAUACCUGGAAAAGCAACUGCCUACCUCUGCGCUUUUGGGUGAAUGUGAUCAAGAACCCACAGUUCGUGUUCGACAUUCACAAGAACAGCAUCACGGAUGCCUGCCUGUCUGUGGUGGCCCAGACAUUUAUGGACUCCUGUUCCACCUCUGAGCACAAGCUGGGCAAGGACUCGCCCUCCAACAAGCUGCUGUAUGCCAAGGACAUCCCCAACUACAAGAGCUGGGUGGAGAGGUACUACUCAGACAUCGCCAAGAUGCCCGCAAUCAGUGACCAGGACAUGAGCGCCUACCUGGCGGAACAGUCGCGGCUGCACCUCAGCCAGUUCAACAGCAUGAGUGCCCUGCAUGAGAUCUACUCCUACAUCACCAAGUACAAGGAUGAGAUCUUGGCUGCUUUAGAGAAGGAUGAGCAGGCACGGAAGCAGCGGCUUCGGAGUAAGCUGGAACAGGUGAUAGACACUAUGGCCCUGAGCAGCUGAAAAGCCCGGGAGGGCUCUUGGUGAUUUUUUUCCUAGUGGCAGACUCUGAGAACCAGAGAGACAAAGACAGAGAGAGAGGCCAGCAGCAGGGGCAGCAGUGUCUGUCCCCCCACCCUGGCCCUGCCAGGGCGGAAGUGAGGGACCGCGCUGCAUUCACCAGAGCCCCUCCCCGAGCCAGCCAGCACCGCCAAGCCAAGCAAAACGCCAACACUCGAUCUGCCGAAGGAGGGAGAAUCACAAAACCCACUUGCCCGCCUGCCUGGGGAGAGAGAGAGAGAGAAGGACUUUUCCAGGCAGCGGCACAGGGUGGGAGGCAGAGAAGGAGGCCGCAAUCACUUGGCAAGGAGGCAGCAGCCGUGCAUGCCUCCACUCCUCAUGGAAGGCUGGCCCUGUGGGAAUGGUGCUCCCUUUAGGGGACGAUGCUGGGAGAGAGGGGGGCGUCUUGGAUCCUCCCCCCACUCCCUUUUCCAUGGAGGUUUCAGAUUUUCACUCCUCCAAAUGUGACUGACUGUUUUCUUCCACUCUCUCAUCUGUCACCCCUGGACCCAAUCUCUCCCCCUCCCUUCCCCCUCCACCCCCUGCCCCAUCUUUCUCAUUUACCUGCUCUAUUUGCACAGCUUACAGAACAUCAAAAAUUUCCUUUUACAAAUCCACAAAUAGAAAGGAAAAAAUAUAACGAAAAAGGUUUUAUAUGUGACAUGAAAUUGGCUUCUCUCCCUACCCCACGCCCCCCAAAUGAGAGGGGAGACUGUUCAACUGGUUAUCAGCGUCCAGGCAGCACAGAAAAAAGAAAAGAGGGUAUGCAGUAGGGGUUGAAGUUUCCUGUCCCACAUCGUGUCAUCUGAAUACCCCUCAGCACAAAUGGGAGAGACUGAGGUGCUUCCCAGACCUAGAGAAGAAAUUCAGAGUCAGGGAAUGACCAGAGGGCAGCUCCUGAGGGGACCAGAGAUAGGCCCUGCCCUACAUCCUUCUCAAGGACUGCUGGGAGUUGGGCAGGUGGGACAGGAGGAGGAGGUGUGGCCCACUCUCUCCCUCUCUCUUCCCGGUCCCUCCCCACUCCCUGCUUCUUUCUUCCUUCCCAUCAUCCCAAGCGCCAGCCUGCUCCCUAUCCAUGGGCUUCCUAGAUUCAUGACCUUCUCAAACCCCAGUACACCUUCUUCCAAGGGCCAAAGGAUAAAACCCACCCUUGAAGUGGCUUGGUGUGGGAUACACCUGGCUCUGGACAAAGUCAUUCAGUGGAGAGCUUUGCCAUGUCUGGAGUCCCCUUCUGUCUGACUUCCUUCCAGAAAAGGGCUUGAAGCCUCCGGGCCCAUCCCCCUUUGGCCCUGGGUUGUGGUCACCUGUGAAAACGCCCCUCAUGCCAUUAACAGAGAUGCGUAGGAGCAGAGAAAGGACCAACCCCUUUUCCAUCCCUCACUAUUGGAAAGAAAGAGGCAAGGCAUGGCAAGAUUCUCUUUUUCCCUUCCCCCAGGGUUCAAUCAUGACCCUACAGGCAAGAGUUCUUAUUUCUUGUGGUUGAGUCACUGAGCCACAGAGACGCUGGCUCCAGAGGAGCCUCCUAGAUCUGGGUGUUGGAUGGAGUGAGUGGAGCUAUUCUCGGCCAGGUGCAAACGCCACCACCACCCCCUCCUCCGCUUUCUCUGUGUCCUCUGGUUUAGGGGACCCUUGUUGAAAUUGGGCCUGGUAAAGGGGCUAGGAGAGAAAGGAGUCGUCAAUGGCUGGACAGAUGUUUUGGCUAACAGGGAGAAGGAAUGAAUCACUAACUUUUGUCAGGCCCAAGUCUUCGGUCACCCUUGAGGCUUAUCCAGCUGGCCACAAGCUCUGUUCUUCUAGGCAGAAGAAAUAGAGUCAGAGGGUUUCCUGUGGAUUCAGUUGAACAUGGCAUCACUCACCAGGCCUUCCACUACUGCCAUCUUUCUUCAUCACCUUCAUCCUCACUGUACGUCAUCGUCACCAUCAUCACCAAGGUUAUUCCCACCAACUGUGCUUGAAACUCUUCUUUCCUCACACAACCACCUCAACGAAAUGAGUAUUUUUUUGGCCUUGUCCCCUGGAUGGUGUCUAUUUUUAACUUAACUACUGUCUCUGUGCCACUUAUACCACCAAUAACUCCCAUGCUCAACCAUGAGAGGCUACCCAUUGGUCGGUGGAAGUGCUUGGGAAUCCCCCAUAAGACCCCCGAGACCUAUGGCUGAACAUCACUCUCUAGGUAUUUAGUAUACCCAACUACCAGUCACUAAACCAACUACCCACAAAUCUAGGCCAAGGGUGGCCAGAGUUAUAGACUUUGAUCUUUUCUGGUGCAGGCCGAAAACUUUAUAAGACUAGCUCUGGAAUCUGUCCGGAGUGUCUUUACUUCUCUCUCUCUCUCUCUCUGCGUCUUGUCUUCUUUCCUUUCCUCUGUCUUCCCCUCUCGUCCUCUCCCCUUGGGGGAUUUCCAAGUUCCUAUCCAGUCUGAAAUCUAGCACCAAGUGGUGAACCUCAGAGUGGAGAUGGGAUGUGGGGGGAGAUUUUUGGCUUUGGUGUUGUUUUGGGGUUUGGGUUUUUUUUUUUUUUAAGAGGAAAGAAAGAAAAGAGAAAGCCUGUUUGGUUCUCAUGUAGUAGUUUUACUGGUGAAGACCAGAGCCACAGCUGAGGGGAUGCUUCCUCAGUUACCCAGCCAGACCAAGAUGAUGCUGUUCACAAUAUGUAUUGCUGCUGCCUCAGCCUUGGACCACAGGGAGUCAGGCCUGUCCUCCCAGUGGGCCAUCCCAGUGACCCCGAGGGACUGCUCUGUAUCCGUUCACGCCCUCAGUGACCAAGUAAGAACAAAUGAAGUUUUUAAUUCAAAAACAGAGAAUUGUGUAUAUAUAUAUAUGUGGUUACAACCUAAAUCUCCAGCCCCAGGAGGGUCCUGUAUAGUUGACUGAAGGAGAAAAUUUAGGGGAAAAAAAAGAAAAAAAAAAAAGAAAAAAGAUAUAGAAUCAAAAAAUUAAGCCAGUGGGAAAGACAAAAAAAUUAAACAAACAAAAAACAAACAUACAUACCAAAUGGUCUGGAAGGAACUUCCAAGAGUUGAUCACCAACCAGAACAAUCUUUGAAGCCUGAACACCUCUAAUCGUGUGGUGGUUUCGUUUUUGUUUUUUUUUUAAACUUCAAGGAGGAAGAAAAAGCUACCCCAAGUCUUCAGAAAGGCCGGGACUGCAAAGGACCCGCGAAUUACUGCAUGAGCGUGCUAGAUUUUAGUCUGAGUUGAUCUUUUUAAAACUGCAAGUGUUGAAUACUAGAGGUUGUUUAGACCUUUUUUAUUCUGAUGAUUAUGAUUUUUAAUUAAUUUGUCACUUCUUGUAAAAGGAAAAAAAAAUGGAUGAGAGUAGACUUACCUUCUCCAGUUUACUUCUAAAAUGGUACUAAAGGUUUUUGUGUACUUUAAGGGACAGCUAACUGUGAUGGGAUUAGCAGUCUCACCUCUCCCCGUGGCACCUGGUCUCUCCCAAGGGGUCUCAGGGAGGCCCAGAGGAGGGAGGACUCUUGUUUCUCUGAGGUGACUGGGUCCCUUGAUGGUGGGAAUUAACCCUGGGAGGCUAGUUCCAAAAAGUAGAUUUCCAUUGUUUUCGAAGACUUAGGUCUGCAAGGAGAACCCUUUAUUGACCUAUAUGGAAUGGUUUGGUUCAUUUUUCUGCUCACUGGAUUCCCCUCUUCCCCCUUAGGGCUCCUCUCCCCACCCACCACUCCCAAUUGAAUUUGGAGUCACUGGUGGGGGGAGGGGUCAUUUGGGGAAGUUACUUUUGGAAUCAAUCCUGAUCAUUGACUCAGGCAAUUCUCAUUCACCAUUAAGCCAUUGGGAAACAUGACAGAUGAGUCUCAGGCUGCAGAAACAAGAUGGAGAUUGAUGUGUAGGGACCACCGUGGUUUCCAGUACUGUUCAGUUUUUAAUGAUUUGGGAUAAAGACUUCCCGGGGGCCAGUUGGCUUAGCUUAGGCCUCAGUCACGUGUUUCCUUCAAUUGAACCCUCUAGGGAUACAAGUUUAAGAUUAGAGAGUGAUCUUCAGACCAAGUGAUGGACUGAAUCCUACCUAACAUUCCAAACCAAGGUCUUUUGUCCUCUCUCCCCUUUGCAAGUCCCUGGAAACCUUGGUUCUGGACCAAGACUUCCGCAUCGGUAAGGAAGAGGAUCCCUGUAGCUAACCAGCUUUGCUCUGGAGAGACAAAAUUAAGUUCACUUCCAUGAGGCUCCUGAGAGAAAGUGCUUUAAAUGAUCCAGUCAAGCCCUUACAAAUCAUUUAGGGAAAUGGCUUUGCCCCCAAUGUAUCAUCUGGACUGGCCCAUGCUCACAGAGGCCUGCUUGUGUCAUCACCAGAUCCCCUGCUGUCCCUCCAGUGCAUGAGGGGUACUCAGGCUUCAGAAAACCAGACCCCACUCAUUCAGAAAUCACAUGAUUCUGAUAGGAGUUGGGCUGAUCUUUGUGCUAUCUAGAAAGGACUUCAGUCAUUUGGGGGAGGGGGACAGGGGGUAUGUUUAACCUACUUGAGUGUACAGAUUGGUUUCAAACCUCCUCAAGCACUUUAGAAGCUUCCAUUUAUACAAAAUGAUUGGCAGUACUAAUUCUAAAUCAUUCUUAUCUAUUCAUUAAAGCCAGUCCCCUCAGGAUCCCUACUGGGGAGUGCUUCCUUUGGCUAGUUCUAAUUACCAUAUGUACUUAAAAGUAGGAAAAACUAUAUUUCUUUUUUUUAGUCUAUAAUCUAUACUUGAGGGGCAGUGCAUUUAAGAUACUGUUUUUGGAGUCAGGAAGAUAUAUUGACUGUGUCAUCCUAGGCAAACCACUUCUCCAAGACAAUCCAUGUGCAUUGGGAGAGGGAUUUCCCUAUACCCGAGGACAUUCUAGGUUUGGUUCUUCCUACCCCCUCCUCCCAAAGUACAUAAAUGUAGGCUUGCCUACAUUAGAGGCCUAUUAGCCUCUAAUUGAAGCUAACCUUGUCCCAUAGUCUAAACCAGUGAGUCUAAGAUAGUCACAAACACCCGCAGCUACUUUUGCUGCCUCUCAUACAAGGGUCCAGUUCAGUGCUGCUGUUGGUUGUACCUUAGGAGCAAGAAGAGAUGGGGGAUGGACCCCUGGGAAGGGGAGGAGUAUGACAAUGAAAGGGCUAAUCAUGAGUAGAGGGUUCUUCUCAUACACACCUGGUUUACAGCAGAACCCCCUCCGCCCUUGGCAGAUUUGCUGGCCAAACUGGCAUCCAUUUCUUCAGCCCUAGUGAAUGUGAGCCAGUGGCCCAUAAAGUCAAGCCAGCAUGGUGACUGUAGAAACAAUUCCAGCAUCGUGGGGUAGUGGGAGGGGGCCUAGACUGGAUCGAGAAAUCUUGACUCCAGAAUCAGCCUUGACCUAAACUCACUGAUUGACCUGACCAGGGGGUUCCCCUCUGAACCUUAGUUUCUUCCUUUGUAAAAUGGAUAGAAAGGAAUUGACUGCACAUGACCCCCAAGGCCCAUCUAGUUCUAACAACAGCCUUAGUGAGGAGGGGAGGAGGGUAUGUCAGAAAGAUGUUCGGACACCCACCAGGCAAACACAAAUGCCCUUUCCUGUCCUCCACUGCAGGCAGGGACAGCUCUGAGAAUUCCACUGAGGUCUCAGAAGCUUGAGAUAGCAUGAUGGUCAUCCAUGUUUCUUUGUCAGAGAGCAGUGGGGGCAUUGGGCUGGGGUCUUCCUGCCAUCUCUCUAAGGAGACCUGAAUCUACCUCAUGUUUCCCUCUCCAUGCUUCAAAGCACUGACCUGUCCCUUCCCCAAGCCUCGUCAACUCUCUCCAUUGCCCUCCACCAUUCUGUUGGCUUGGGCCAGAGUGUGUUCAUGUGCCCCCAGGCCAGAGGCCUGGUUGGCAGAUAAGGGCUUUCAAAACUCCUUUCACUCUAGUCAGUAGCCUCUGAAUUCAUCUCUCUCACCCCCACCAACACCUUCUGGGUGUGAGCCUAAGAAGGCUCUUAGCUAAGCUAGUCCUUGGCUGGGCUCAUCCUCCAAAGCACCUCCAGCUUAGGAAACCCUGUCUCAACUUGCAUGAUCUUUGAGAGCCCUGGGGUCACUUCGUGCCACAGGGAGGCCUCAGAGGGAAGACGAGGGGAGGAAAAGACCAUGGUCUUGAGUGGAUCCAAAAGUCAGUUCCUUGGGGGAAUGGUAAUUGGUAUGUUAAGUCCUUAAUAUCUAAAAUCCUCCUGGAAGACACACACAUGCGCACACAUAGGCACCACCACCAGGAAAAACAGCAUGGCACUGCCUCUCUGAGCUCCAGGUUUCAUAGAAUCAAUGGGACUGUCUUCUUGGUCCCCACUUUCCCCUCAAGCGAACCAAAUUUACAAUGACUCCAUUUUCUUUAUCAUUCAGCCUCUUGGAGGAAACCCUGCUGUUUCCCCCACACCACACACACACACUCACUCUCACACUCCAACCCCCCAGUCUUGGAAUCAGCGGCUCAAAUCCUUGGCCUCACCAGAUAGGAUAGAUAUAUUUAGAAAGAGAUUUAUAUUUUUAAGAUGAAGCGCACAAUUAGCUGUCCCUUAACGUCGUCGUCUACAUUUCAAAUGGAGAGAAGACAGAUGGUUUUAAUGGUCUGAUCAGUGGUUCCGAUAAACGUUACUCAGUCGCUCCACGUUGGAAGCAGUGGGGCCCAUAGCCCCUCGUGCCCUUGGAUUGUGUAAAUAUCCCGCUAUUUCCUAUUUUAAUGUUCUUCAGAUUUAGUACUUGUAAAUAAAAGCGCAUCAAGGAGAGAUUAAACAUUUUUGCUAAA